AUGGUCGACACUGGCCCGUCACCCUCUUCGGAACAUGGUACACCGAAGCCUGUACGCAAUCUGAAGGCAUGCGACCUCUGCCGGAGCCGCAAGGUGAAGUGCCGUUAUGCAGACGGUGACACUAUCUGCCAAGGAUGUAGGCUAUCAGGUACCGAGUGCACGCAAAACAAACCCAGGCGUAAAAGGGGCCCAGCUAAACGCUCACUGGCUCAGCGCUCACCCAACGAUACGACAGUGCAGGCAUUUUCUAGCCCUGCCACACCCGGGUCAGCUGGUGAAGCGUAUCUCGAUCCUCCACGCCCUGAUUCAUCCCCGGCCGAGGAGGAACCAGACGACCAGAGUAGCCAAGCAUCCCCAGACCCAAGACUGGGCGACUCAGACUUCAAGGGACUGUGCUCCCGUUCGCUCAUCCUAACAAUUCUUACCGACUGGUCUCGCUACGUCUAUCCACUUGCCCCCCUUUUACACAGGAAGAAAUUCCUGAAAAGGGUGCUCCAGCAUGAAGAUGAGAGGAACCAGACGUUCUGUGCCUUGGUCCUGUCCACGUGCGCCAUGACUGUAUCAACUCUCCGACGACGGAGCUUCUACAAUUACCCAAGCGUUACCGUGGACAAAUGCAUCGAUAUCAUCGAACGAGAACGCAUGCUGUUGCCUGUCUCAUACACCCCGGAAUGGUGCCUUGCGCGUUACAACUUUGCUUCAUCUCUGAGCGCGCUGUAUGGGUUGGAUGACAUGCGUAUAUAUCAAGCUAUUAAGGACGCCAUGGCCGGCGUUCAAUGGCUUCUUUUUCACGAAAAGGGAACAGAAUCAGUGCAUGACCAGGAGAUGGUGAAGCGACUUUAUUGGCUGCUUGGCAUGUGGCAGCUGGGCACCGAAAUACAAGGCCAGCCACACCUGACAUUCCUUCCCGGUCCUCCCUUUACCCAAGCUUUGCAGACAAUUCGUCCCCGGCCUCUAUCUGAUGCGGAGCUGGGAGUACCUGACGCGGAAACGAACGUGUCGGAAUUGUGGACUGCGGCGCCAGCGUCAUGGCUUAAAGACGAUGACCAGUAUAUCACAGGACUCAACAGCCUUGCCGAUGUUCUGAUGGUCUGGGAACGCGCCAAGAUAGACAUGGCUCACAAACAACCAGAAGAGACUUUAAGAGAUGGCAUGGCUCGCCUUCAAGCGGUGCUUGACAAUCUCGUCCCUGAAUUGCGUUGGAGAGGUGGCUUGGCCAGAUUCCCGAAACCAUCUCGUGGGCACGAAUCACAGACAGUCAACAUUUUGAUCACAUGCUUCUAUAUACGGUCAAACCUGCUGCAGCAUCUCGGCCAAGCACCUGGCAUUAGCCACCAGAGCAUCGUAAGCGACGUUCUUGAAGUCCUCGAGCAUAUGCCAGAAGACAUACACGAGUGCAAUGGAUUCACCUUGGUCAAGAAGGUUCGAGAUAUAGGUGCGGCGUAUCUACAGGAGCUUCGACUCACGUCUGGGGAGCCUAUACAGGCCGUAAACGAGUCGGAGCAACGCAUUGUCAAUGCUCUUCUCACGAGACUGGAGAGAAUGGAUUUUAGACUGGAUCAAGAGAAUCUAUGUCCUGAGGACGAUGCCAUCUCUCCAGCCGCUCGGUCUACUGAUACAAGGAUGGGAAGCGUAUAA